AUGAGGUCUCGACCGCUUGCUGACCCUGUGUCACCGGAUCUCUCGGACAGCUCAUCGUCGCAGCGCGCGCGACUAGGCCAGCUACCAGAGGGCAAAGAGCUCCAGGAUAUUGUCCAGUUAUACUUCUCAUCCGUGCACCAUUUCGGCUUCUUCGCUUUUGUCCACCCUCUCCAUUUUCAACGACUCUUGGUCAAUGGGGAAGCCCCGCGUGAACUAACUCUAAUGAUGAUUGCCAGUGCUUGUCGGUUCGGCGCCCCAAUCACCACCGAGACCCUGGCCCGAGCCGAUGGGUGGGCCGAUGCAGCAAUCAGUGCUCUUCUUCCGCGCAUAUAUAAAGGAUUUGGAGCCGUUCAACUCAUGACAGUACUCCUCGCGCAACACUAUGACUUUCAUCGCGGACAUUUUACAUCUGCAUGGCUCUUGGGAGCUAGCUGUACACGCAUGAUGCAAAUGAUGUCUCUGCACAUCUUCGAUCGCGCAUUCCCUGCAGACUUCCCAUCACACCAACGCCUGUCACCUCUUCUGUCGCGUGAAUCACUCCGUCGGAUCGCGUGGUCUACGUUCUACCUCGACUCAAUGACUGACGGGGGGCGAUAUGGAUCCCAAACAAUUGACGAACGCGCUUACCGUGUCCAGCUACCCUGUGACCAAGAGAGCUUCCUGUUUGACGACCACGUCGUUACCGAACCGUUGAUUCCAGAUGGUAUGAUCACUGCGCAGCGAACAGGCGAUAGCCUCCCGCAUGCAUCCCUCGAUAUGUCGGCCUAUCUUUUACGCACCGCGGCGGCUCGUCGCCGCGGCCUGCACUUUGCAUUCCGUGCCUCGUACCAGGAGAACACAGUUGAACAUCUGACUGCAGGUCUAUUAGUGAUUCAAAAGGAUUUGGAGGCUGUUUUUGUUGACUUACCACGUCGGUUUCAGUUCAAUGAUAACAGUCUGCUCUUGCAUCGGGACCGGUUACCAACAUUUAUCAUGCUGCACGUUUUGCGACACAAUCUGUUCAUGAUUCUGGGUCGAGCGGCACUAACUAUCUAUCUGCGAGAUCCUACCAAGACCGAUCUAAUAAACGAAGUCCGGUGUAGUAGAAUUUCUCAGGCUCUCUCCGUUUCAAACUUGAUCUCUGCAGGACUCAACGAGAGGCUCAUAUUCGAUCCACAUAUUGGCGUACAGGCCUACGUUGCUCUUGAAAUUCUCCUUUUUGAGCCUCGUCGGUUGGCCAGUGUCGAUGAUUCGAACGACUUCAACACCCCAACGCUGACAGCAGGCAUUGUUCAUUGCCUGACAGUCAUACGAGACAUCUCGAUCCGUUCAACAACUGCUAAACAUCUAUAUCUUGAAGCAAUCCAUCGGCUCAUAAACUGUGACUGCAUGCACCUCCUCGACCCGAGUGACCUGGAACUCAUCCACAGCAAACAUCCCUUAAUUGGUCAGGACGCCGCAGAAUUCGAUUUUCGCGACCACCGAGGAGCGAAAUUAGAACGAUUGAGCCAACUCGCUGGGAAAUUCAACGCGAUCAGCGUUACUCAUGAUGAAAUGUUACUCGAUGACUCUCGGAGCCGAGAAAAUUCCAGCUAUUCGAGAGGCGCGUCGGUCCAGCCUGCCAAUUUAGGCGUCAGGAACCGCCAACAGCAGCUCCCCGAAUACAGACCACAUACAUCUGAAAUCCCCGGCAUGGACGAUCUUGCACCAUGCGUGGACAUGGCAGAUUAUGGUUUGCCUCAAGAUGAAGAACAGUGGACAGAACUCGUGGAGCCCGGAAAUACAGACCAUCUGUUUUCGUCAUUCAACUGGCUAUGGUCGCUCGAUGAAUGGAAUGAUCAGAUUACACCAUCAACGGGACCUCCGGGGCUUCUCUAG